GAUAUCAUCAGUGGUUCAUAUGCAAUGAUUCCGGUUAGUCGUUAGCGCUCAAUUAACGUAGUGAAUUGUAAUAUGUUUGUUUUUUAUUUGCUGGCUAUUUCAUCAGAAUUUUCCUAAGUACAACGUAAGCUGAAAGCUUUCUCUCUAAUUGGAAUUGUGGAACAUAGUAGUUUUGAAUCUUCUUCACCUUCCGAAGAGUUGUUUCAGACUGGGUCGUUGAGGGCGCGGGCGGACGAGGGGGUGAACUGGAGGGUUGCGGGGUACCAGAGGGAGGAGGUGGCAGUAAAACGGCAACCAUAGCUCCACACGUGAAUAUUUGAUGGCUGAAUCUCGCUGUGGCUACUGAGAAUGUGUAGGAAGCUCGGUCGGUCACGACAGCACUACAGGAGAGUGGUGGCAAGAUUACACGUGGAGCGGCUUCGCGACAAGUGCUCGACCACUCGGCCGUCGAACUGAGCCUGUUCAGCAGGUUUGACUCCUGUCUCCGCUCUGCAUCCGUCACUUCAUAUCAAAUGCAAUUAUGACGUUUAAUGCUAUAACGACAGAAAUAUGAUGCCUGGCAUGUGACGUUCCAUGCGCAAAGCCCCGCCAUAAACAUCACUUGCAGUGCUUCAACUUCAAGUAAAUACUUCACCACCAUCACCGUGAGAAAUUGAGAGCAGUCUGAAUAGAUCUUGGCACGAAUCAAUGCUGGCCGCGAAGAAAGUGAUCCAUCUUACUUAAUCCGCCGUGUACUUGAUCUGACAUUACGAACGUUUCGCAAUUUUAAACAGAUUCUAUUUAAUUGGCUCCAAUAAUACACAAACAAGAUUUCGUGUACUCAAAAUUGAUAGAACGGAGCCACGAGAGCUGACCCUAGUUGAUGACAAAGUUGAAUAUAACAAACAAGAAAUACACCAAUUAUUGAACAUGAUUGGUUUCGGAAACAGACCAGGCAAAAUGGGUGGUUUCAAUAAACUUGUGUCUGCAUUUGGUAUUGUAGGUUUUAUAAGAUUCCUUGAGGGUUAUUACAUAAUACUGGUGACAAAACGAAGAAAGAUAGCAGUUAUAGGUUCACAUUCCAUUUACAAGAUUGAAGAUACAGCAACUAUAUACAUUCCUAGUGAGAGCAACAAGCCCCAACAUCCUGACGAGCAGAGAUAUUUGAAAAUGUUUCUGGCAAUAGAUCUCUCUACAAAUUUUUACUACAGCUAUAGCUAUGACAUUACUCACACUUUACAAAUGAACAUAGCACCACCUCGACAACUGGCCCCAGUAUUAUUUCCUAAACCUGUCACAGCAGUUGUAUAUGGUACCAGCUCUGAUGACUCUGAAGUGCACUGCACCUGUAAAGAUGAUGAUGACGACGAGGACAUCUUUGAAACAUGGAAAAAACAGAUACAACAAAGAAAUGAGAAAACUGGAUGUCAGAGUCAAAAGUUGGAAUUUGGUGUUAGGACUGUACCGGAAUGGCGUUUUGUAUGGAACAGUCAUUUAUUAUCGACAGUCCAUUCUCAAUUACAUCCCGAUUGGAUAUUGUACAUAGUGCACGGAUUUAUUGAGCAGAGUAACCUGAACAUAUUUGGCCGGCCUAUAUAUCUAACUCUGAUAGCUAGAAGAAGUAAUAGAUAUGCUGGCACAAGAUUCUUGAAAAGGGGCGCUAAUAUUCAUGGGGACGUAGCUAAUGAGGUGGAAACUGAACAAAUUGUCCAUGAUUCGAUGGUAUCUUCAUUCACAGCUGGCAGAUUCAGUUCAUUUGUGCAAAUGCGCGGUUCAAUACCUAGCUAUUGGUCACAAGAUGUUUCAAAAAUGGUACCAAAACCAGCGAUAUCAAUUGACUUAAGUGAUCCAUUCGCAGAAAUACCUGGAAAACACUUGAAUAACCUCAUGAGAAGAUAUGGUUCACCUAUUAUGUUCUUAAAUCUUGUUAAGAAAAGAGAAAAGAGAAAACACGAAUCUCUACUCAGUGAUGUGAUAAGCAAUGCAAUUAAGUAUCUAAACCAAUUCUUACCACCUGAACAUGCAGUACAAUAUAUCCAUUUAGAUAUGGCAAGAAUGAAUAAGGGUGCUGAUGCCAAAGUAUUAGAUAAGCUAUCUGCAAUAGCUCACACAGCAGUACAGCGUACAGGCAUAUUUCUGAGCUCCAAAAGUUGCGAUGAAAUGCGCGGUAUUGAGGGUCACCAGGGCGGCCGCGUGCAGACCGGACUCGUCCGCGUCAACUGUGUCGAUUGUCUCGACAGAACCAACACUGCGCAGUUCGCUAUCGGGAAAUGUGUUCUGGCUCAUCAGCUUUAUGCAUUAGGGCUAAUCGCAGAACCAGUUAUCGAAUUUGACUCGGACUGUGUAAGACUCCUGGAAGGUUUAUAUGAAGACCAUGGUGAUACUUUAGCAUUGCAAUAUGGAGGUUCACAACUUGUUCAUAGAAUAAAAACAUACAGAAAAACAGCACCGUGGUCAUCACACGGCAAUGAUAUCAUGCAAACGCUAAGUCGAUACUAUUCUAACACAUUCUCGGAUGCGGAAAAACAAAACACUAUGAAUUUGUUUCUCGGUCUUUUCAUUCCUGAUCCUUCGAAGCCACCAAUAUGGGAUUACCAAAGUGAUUAUUAUUUACACCAUCCAGAGGCAUCCACAUACAUACCAAAUAGAAGGUCAUUAACAAAAUGGUGGGACGACGACGUGGUGCGACAUUUGCCUCUCCCGUGCAACGAGAUGCGGAAGCUUUGCUGCGAGAUUAUCGGCAUGCAGGGCGACAGUAGCGCUCUGGAGAUGGUCGACCCAUACCACGACCAUAACAGGCCAUUUGAAUAUACUGUAUUUUCAGAGUGUUUUGAAUUCAAGAUGUGUCAUACUAGAGAUCUCGCACCUACCUUCUCAGAGAGCUUCAGUCCGUUCGUAGUUCGCGGCCGCGCCAUUGGUCACAACAAGGGGCCCACGUCCAAGAAUCCAGUUAUUAGCGGACGCUCCAGCACCAUCUCUAAUAAUUCCAGCGAUUCAAACAGUGAUUCGUCAACAGACGAUGAUCUAACGAGUUCAACGCCAAGUUCCCGGCAGGCGGCGCCGUCUCCUUUGACCUUACUCGCUAAAGUGCUGACAGCUGAGGAAGACGAACAAGCGAACCUGUUCCCCGCCAUCAAGCGUCAGAACAGAGUCCUAUUGAAGGAACCAAAUAAACGUGAUAUGCUGAUAUACAAACGGUAUGUGAACUUCGAGCGACGUUCGAACCCCAAAUAUAAUUCAGACACUCACGUAGUGCUGACCGUCAACAGCGCAUUCACUAUCGACAGCUCAGUGGACGUGAUCCCGCCCACCGUCACCAAAGUAGCCAAGGAGAUAUACUACGACUAUGUUCAGCGCAACAACGGCCGGGUAGCAGUAUCAUCCGCGUCUAUUGCUGUUUACAAAAAAUAUGUAGAUUUUAGCCUAUGAAUAUUUAUUCAAUUUCUUAUAGAUAAGAUUUUAUAUUUUUAAUAUAUAAAAAUCCUGUGUUACGAUAUUCAUUCGCAGUAAUCUCAGAAAUCGCUCUACAGAUUGUAUAGAAUGAUCUAAGAAAAAAUAGUAUUUAUUAAAUUUGAUAUUUCCUAAAAGUGUAACAUGUACAAUAUUAGUGAGAUGUGUAUUUAAUACUAAUCUUUAGAAAGAAAAAACAUUUAUUUAUCAAAUAUAUGUUAUAUUAUAAUAAUAUAUAAUAAUUAUAUACAUAUUAUUAAAUUAUAAUAAUCUUUAAAUAAAGUAAUAGUUAAAGAAGUUA